AUGCUCGAGGGACUCGUGUCGACGCUGCUAAAUCGGUUCUUGGGCAUGUAUGUCCAGAACUUCGAUCCAAAGCAGCUCAAUGUCGGCAUCUGGUCCGGUGACGUCGUACUACGAGAUCUCGAACUUCGUCGCGAAGCUCUCGACCAGCUACGCCUCCCGCUCAACGUUAUCGAGGGUCAUCUCGGCUCACUCACAUUAUCGAUACCCUGGUCAAACCUCCGCGGUAAGCCGCUGAAGGUCAACAUUGAAGAUGUCUUCCUGCUGGCAGCGCCAAAGGAAGAUGCGGACUACGACGCAGAAGAAGAGGACAAGCGUGCGCACGCUGUCAAGAUGGAGAAGCUCGAUAGUGCAGAGUUGCUGAAGGAGCGCAACACUGAAGGCAUGAGUGCGGAAGAACAACAGAAGAACCAGAGCUUUACAGCUAGUUUGAUCACAGCAAUUGUCGACAACGUUCAAGUCACAGUCAAGAACAUCCACAUUCGAUACGAAGACUCAAUAGCAGACCCUGGGCACCCCUUCGCUCUCGGUGUCACCCUUGCCGACUUCAGCGCUAUCAGCACUGACGAGAACUGGAAGCCCACCUUCAUCCAGGGCACCUCGACAUCGACACACAAGCUGGCAACACUUGGCUCAUUAGCUGUAUACUGGGAUACAGAUGCUCAACUCAUUGGCACUGGCAAGGGCAGCCAGAGCAGCGAUGAGCAGCAGAUUGACCGGGAAGACUUCAUUGAGCAGGCCCGAAGUAUGAUUGCAAGAGGCGACAAUCCAGACUUGGACGGCCAUCAAUUCAUCCUCAAGCCCAUCAGUGGACGCGCCGGGCUGGAAAUAGACAAGACCGGUAAACCAGACCGACCGAAAAUGAAAGCUAGACUUCUGUUCGACGAGCUCGGUUUCAUCAUCGACGAAGAUCAAUAUCGCGAUGCCCUCAUGUUAGUCGACCUAUUCCAUUACUUCAUCCGCCACCAAGAGUACAAGAGAUUGCAACCCAAGUCUUCCCCCAAAGAAGAUCCAGCAGGCUGGCUUCGGUUCGCAACCAAGGCUGUGCUCGACAAGAUCCAUGAGAGAAACCGGCAAUGGAGCUGGGACUACUUCAAGGAGCGGCGCGAUGACCGAAUACGGUACAUUGAGCUCUUCAAGAAGAAGAAGCGUGAGGAAAAACUUGAUGCUACUGAGGCUGAAGACUUGGACAAGCUGGAACGAAAGCUGAAGUACGAAGAUCUCCGUUUCUGGCGUUCGCUGGCUCGAAAUCAGUUGCGCAAAGAGAACGUUGGAGUCAAGAAGCCGCCGCCGAAGCAGACUUGGACUUCUUGGGUCUGGGGAAGUAAGCAGGAAGAGCAACAGGACGACAACACUCAGAUGAACGAACAGCAACGAAAGGAGCUAUACAAUGCAAUUGACUGGGACGAGAAGAAGGCCAUCACGGAGUCAGUGGAUAUGCCACGCGAAUAUGUCAAGCUAGAAGUCAACAUGAGCCUGCGAACAGGUAGCUUCACGCUCAAGCGCGACCCGCACGGCAAAUCAAACGAAAUACUCCGCCUUCUCUUUGACUCAUUCAGCACUCAGUUCUUGCAGCGCACAGACUCCAUGUUUGUCAAAGUUGCCCUUGAAGGCAUGCGUCUGUACGAUGGCACUACAGAGGGCAGUCUGUUCCCCCAAAUCAUCACUGUUAAGGAUGCACCACCAGUUCCAGACGACAAGCGGAUCGAAGAGCUCGAUGACGACGAGUCGCCAAAGGAUGCGGAUGGUGACGAUGAUGACGAAGUGAAGGAAGACCCCUUCUUCUUCCUCACUUUUGAGAACAACCCACUCGAUGGAGCUGCCGACACGAACCUGACUAUGAAGUUGCGUAGUAUGGAAUUCGUAUACAAUCCGACGUUCGUCGUAGAGGUGGCCAAGUUCUUCAAGCCUCCUGAGAGACACAUGGAGUCUAUUGGUGCGCUCAUGGAGACUGCUGGAGCGACUGUCGAAGGCAUUCGACAACAGACUCGCGCAGGCUUGGAAUUUGCGCUCACCGAACACAAGACAAUCAAUGCGCAGCUGGAUCUACAGGCACCUCUUAUCAUCGUCCCCGACUCAGUCACAAAGAAGUCAAGUAACUGUCUCAUUCUUGAUGCCGGUCAUGUGAGCGUAACGAGCGAACUCGUCGACAAGGACACCUUGCGCGACAUCCAGUCGAAGCAAAACCAGCAAUACACCGAUGAGGACUUCCGCAGAUUGGAGAAUCUGAUGUACGACAAGUUCAAUUUGAAGCUUCAUUCCACCCAGGUGCUCAUAGGACCAUCCAUCGAGGAAACUCGCGCGCAGCUUGAAGAAGACUCGAGCUUGAAGAACUACCACAUCGUCGACCGGAUUAACAUGGACUUUAAGAUUGAGAUAUGCAUCGUUCCAAAGGCAUCCGAUUUGACAAAGUUCCGCGUGUCUGGAAAUCUCCCUGUUCUCCAUGCAUCUGUAUCUGAUUCAAAAUACAAGAACUUGAUGAGACUGAUCGAUGUGGCCGUACCCAAGUUCGGUGACGACCAGCCCAGCAAGCCAGUGACCGAUGGAGCAAAGGGCCCAUCAAAUCUGAAGCCCCCAACCGACGCUCAGACCGACACAGAUGCUCUCGGGCGGCCGCGAUCAAAGUCAUUCAAAUUUGCCUCGCAAGAACAUGAGCUUGUCAUGGAGGAAGAUAGCCAAAGCGAUACAGACGAUAAGUUUUCGGACGCUCCACAAGCCAAAUCUGGGAAGCAACAGACCCAUCUACAUCAACGCAACUUUGAGUUCAAGUUCACAGUAGACAAGCUUCAGGGCUCUCUGUACAGAGCUGAUCCAGAAGGCAAAAAGUCGGAUCAGCUCUUGGUUGAGCUGAUUGCGGAAAGCUUCGAUCUGGACUUCUACCAAGCGGCUUUCGAGAUGGCCGCUGAUGUUCGCCUCAAGAGUCUUGCCGUCGAAGAUCACGUCGAAGAGUCUACCCUUACUGAGUUCAAGAACAUCAUUUCGUCGGAAGACGUAUCAGCGGAUGAGCAGAAAGAUCUGUUCUCGCUCAAGUUUGUGAAGGUGAACAAGGAAUCUCCAGACUUCCAAUCCAAGUACGAAGGCAUCGCCACAAACUUGGAUGUCGCAGUUUCGACAAUCAACCUGAUUGUAACAAGACGGACGCUGCUGACUCUCCUGGACUUCGUCCUCGAUACUUUCACAACCCCCGGUCCGCCCCAAAAUCAACAAGCGCAGAUAACGGACAAGGAAGAAGAACAGCCUGUUGUUAGCCAGACCCAGGCAGAGCCCGACAAGAUACGCAUCCGAGCAGAGCUUAAGCGCAUUGCUGUAGUUCUGAACAAUGACGGUAUAAGGCUUGCUACUCUGAGUUUGAGUUCCGGCGAUGUUGGCAUUUUCCUCAGUGGCAAAACUAUGCGCAUUGGCGGUCGACUUGGAAACCUAUCAUUGAUCGACGACAUCAACCAAGGCGUCUCGGAGGAGUCUUCACUCCGCCAGCUAGUAACUAUUGAGGGCAAGAACUUGGCUGACUUCAGCUACGAGACCUUUGAUUCUGAGUCGAAGAGCUAUCCAGGAUAUGACAUGGCUGUAGCAUUGAAGACGGGGUCUAUCAAGAUCAACUUUCUCACAGAGCCCUUCCGGAAGAUCAUGGAAUUCGCUGUCAAGUUCGGCAAAAUGCAAGCUAUCUUCAAUGCUGCCCGUCAGGCUGCGGCAAACCAAGCAACGCAGAUCCAGCAACGAGCGAACAAGUUCCAUUUCGACAUCACCAUCAGUACUCCUAUUGUUGUCUUCCCGCGCAUGGUAGUAUCCGAUAAACCAGAUCGGGACACAUUGACUGCAAAUCUGGGAGAGAUCUAUGCGAAGAACAGUUUCGUUCCCCUUGAUGACUCUGAAAGCGCGGAGACUGCGAACAAGAUCACAGCCGGUAUCAGGAACAUCAAGCUCACCUCAAAGCUGCAUUAUGACGAAGACCGCUCCGAGCAACUCCAGUUGAUUGACAAGGUCGAUCUCGACUUCAACAUUACCAUGGUCGAGCACAAACCCGGACAACAGCGACCAGACAUCGAAAUUGACGGCAACAUGUCGGAUAUCAACCUGCAGCUUACGCCAGAUCAAAUGAAGUUUGCAUUAGAGUUGUCGCGGUCUAUUCCUGCAGCGUUUGCCACAGAGCCGGACGCCAUCGACGAAGACGUGCAGGCCGAGCUACCAAACGAGACAACGGAGCCCGCGCGUCGCUUGACAGACAAGGACACUCCGGAACCGUCGUCGAAGGAUAUUGUCAGCUCGCAGGGCCCUGAGCUACACACUGAUGAUGGCAAGUGGACCAAGCUGGACUUUGUUUUCAAAGUUGGCACUAUUGGUUUGGAGCUCGUCAAAUCUACAGAUGGUGAGCCUGUUGGUGAUGUAGAGGCGGCUAGUCUUUCCAAGUUCUCGCUCAAUGACACCAACGUCAAGGUGCGCAUGAUCAGCGAUGGCGCGAUGGAAGCCGAGUUGGUUGUGCAGUCGUUCACUAUCCGAGAUAGUCGCACCCAAGGGACGAACAAAUUCCGGAAGAUCAUGUCGCUCAUUAACAAUGACGUCAAGCAGCAAUUCAUGGCCAGUGUGUCAAUUUCGGGUGGUCAAGAGCGCAAUAUGAUUGCUCUCCUUACUAUCGACAGCCCAAGAAUCAUCUUGGCCCUCGAUUAUCUGUUUGCUCUUCAAGCAUUUGCCAACGCAGGCCUUGCUACAGAUGAGCCUUUGGUCAUCGAGGAAGAUACUGAGCUUGAUGAAACCGACAGUGAUGACGAAAUAAUGUCACCUGAUGGGUCGAGACAGAUGGAACAACUUCCCGCACCCGAAGAGUCCACGGAUAAUGGUAUGAACAUAUCAUUCCGUGUCAACUUGGUAGAUGCGCAGGUUGUUCUCAUCGCCAACCCUGCAAUGGCCAGCUCGGAGGCUAUCGUGCUCGGCACAAAGCAAGUACUCGUAUCAAAACAACGGGCAAUGACGCUACAGGUCGACAAGGUCGGCAUGUUCCUUUGUCGCAUGGACAGGUUCGAGACUAAUCGCAUGCGCAUUCUUGACGACUUCAGCAUUCAAACGGCUUUGGACAUUCGGAACCAGGGUUCAAAAUCUUCUGUAAUGAGCAUUACCGUCGACAUCGAGCCUCUUGUACUCCGCUUAUCACUCCGCGAUAUCUUGUUGGCCAUGCAGAUCGUUAACCGGGCCUCCGCUAUGGCAGCACCUGCCGAGAAGGGCAUUCCUUCUCCGGAGGCCCAGCAGCUGAAGGCAGGGACACCUUCAAAGAAAGGAACUUCUCAUGCCGGUAAAGCCUCUACUCACAAGCCUCGUACAAAGUCGCUGGCAACCACGAAGCGAUCAACUCAACAGGCCGUGCAGCAGCAGGCGCCCCCUCCUUCGACUGUACUUAAGCGAGAGGAGCUUCACAUCAGCAUCGAAGGCAUACGCGUCGUACUUAUUGGUGACGUGCACGAAAUGCCCAUGCUUGAUUGGCGCGUGAAGAAGUUUGGUGUCGACGUGCGAGACUGGUCAGGGCCAAUGGUUGCCGAUACCUCGCUUGACACAUUGGUCAACGUGUACAACUUUUCCAAGUCUGCAUGGGAGCCAUUGAUUGAGCCGUGGAGUGUUGGUUUCCAUAUGUCCAAAGAUCAGGACCCUGACAAACUGGCUGUCGAUAUCUACUCUCAAGAGGAAGGCUUCGCUGCCAGACUCGAAGACGGCGAAGAGCAGCCAUGGCGAUUCGAAGAUCCCAUGUCAGCCAGAGAGUCACUUUCUACAGAUGGCGCCACCGGCAUGCUGGGAAUCAAGUUGGAAGGCAGCGGCUUCGACAGCCUCACGCGCGUACCCGUACAUCGCGAGGGCGAAUUCUUGUACAACCUCAAGCCAAAGCAGGACCGCAUUCAGCAUCGCCUGCUCAUCGAUGUAAAGCUUGGUUCUGACAACAUCAAGAACAUCACCAUCCGCUCCCCACUGUUGGUAGAAAACAACACCCAAAUUCCGAUCGAGCUCGGUAUGUUCAGUCCAGAAGAUGGUCAUCUUCUCAAGAUCGACAAGAUCGCUCCUGGGGAUGCCAGGCCAGCACCCGUUGGCGCUUGCCACAUGCACUCAAUUGUCAUCCGUCCAGACCAAGGUUUCGGUUACGAAUGGUCUAACGAGCGCUUGUUCUGGAAGGACCUCUUAAAGCGUCCCACCAGGACUAUUACCUGCCGUGGGGAGCAGGACGACCAGUCACCACCAUUCUACUUCCAGCUACAUGCAGCGUACGACAAGAAGGAUCCUUUGACUGGCAUCUACCCCUACAUGCGGCUCCGCUUGCAAGCGCCUGUCGAAGUCCACAACCUUCUCCCGUACGACUUCAAGUAUAGGAUCUACGACAGCAAUACAAAGAAGGAUUGGACCAAUUUCCUCAGGAAAGGCGGCAUCAGCCCUGUCCACGUUGUGGAGCUCUCGCAUCUCCUACUCAUUAGCGUGGAAAUGCAGGAUGGAUCCUUCAAGCCGAGCAAGUUUGGCAUCAUCAAUUCCACUGACCGAGAGAGCUUCAGGAGGGAGAAGGUGCUAGAAGUGAAGGACAACAAUGACACGACACUGCACCUCAACAUGCACUUUUACAACUUCCCCGACGGCGGUGGUGCUUUCAAAGUAGCGAUAUACAGUCCGUACAUUAUUCUCAACCGUACCGGGCUUCAGCUGGAUGUUCGGGCACAGCAGCUCAUGGGCCAGGGCCGAGCCACUGCCGGAAAAGGCGUUGUCACGGACAAUCAGCAGGAUGCUGGCAAGGCAUUACCGUUCAUGUUCUCUUACCCUACAGAGAACAAGAAGAAUCGCGCUUUGAUCAAGGUUGGAGAUUCCAAUUGGAGCAAGCCUCAGAGUUUCGAUGCGAUUGGCAGCACAUACACUGUGGCUUUGCCGUCAAUGAAGGCACGCUCUGACAUGCACCUGGGUGUAUCAGUUUCGGAGGGUGAGGGCAAGUACAACUUGACCAAGACAGUUUCCAUCGCGCCGCGAUUCAUCGUCAACAACAAGCUGAAGGAAGAGUUGCUCAUUCGCGAACCCGGGCAGUCUGACUGGAUGACUGUCAAGGAUGGCGAGCUGUUCCCCCUGCGAUGGCUGCGACAAGGUGGCGCACCGCAAUUAUCACUCUGCUACCCUGGUAUCAACAACCAAUGGUCCUCUCCGUUCAACAUUUCGAACGUGGGCAAUGUGCACGUCAAGCUAUCCAAGGCUGGUCAACGCCAAAAGCUUAUCCGCGUCGAUAUCUUGAUGGAGGCAGCAACUAUCUUCUGCCACAUCAGUGUUGAGAAUAAGCAUUGGCCGUUCUCGUUCAAGAACAUGAGCGACCAGGAAUUCUUGUACUGGCAAGCAAACCCUAACCUGGACGAAGACGAAGAUGACCGCGGCUCCGGCUUCCGACCGAUUAGGUACCGGCUGCCACCUAGGAGCAUUAUGCCGUAUGCGUGGGACUUCCCGGCCGCGAAGAAUAAAGAAAUCGUCAUCAGCGCCAAUGGUCGGGAGCGACAUGUCAAGCUUGCUGAAAUCGGGCCACUCAUUCCAUUCAAGAUCCCACCUGGCCCGGAGCAAGGUGGUAUGAAGGUUAUUGACCUCAAUGUUGUCGCAGCGGGUCCAACGCAGACUCUUGAGAUCGCCAACUACAAGCCAUCUAAGAGCAUGUACAAGCAAAAGUCUACCACAGCAUCUUCGACGAUGACGGGCUUCGAAGUCAAGGACAUGGAUACCGACGUCACCUUCAAAGCACAGCUGCGACUUGCCGGCAUUGGUAUCUCCCUUGUCAAUCGUCACUUGAAGGAGCUGGUGUACGUUACACUGCGCGAUAUCGAGUUCAAGUACUCCGAUUCGCCUCUCUACCAGAUGAUCAAUAUGCAGAUCAAGUGGAUCCAGAUCGACAACCAACUCUACGGUGGUAUCUUCCCCAUCAUCUUCUACCCCAGCGUCGUUCCCAAGACUGGAAAGGAGAUGGAGGCGCAUCCCAUUUUCCAGACUACUAUCACCAAGGUCAAAGACGACUCUUACGGCGUGCUCUACAUCAAGUACUUUACGUUUUUGCUGCAGCAGAUGACGGUUGAAAUCGACGAAGACUUUAUUUUCGCCAUGAUCGACUUUGCAAACAUACCCGGAGCGUCAUGGACUGAAGAAAAACAGGGUAAGCUGUGGGAUGAAAACCUCAGCAUACCCGAGCCAAAGCAGGAGCAGUCUGGUCAGGACGUCUACUUUGAGCUUCUCCAUCUUCAGCCUAUGCAGAUCGAUUUGUCUUUUGUGCGAACGGAGCGCAUCAACGCCGAAGACACCAUGAGCACAUCCAACCCAUUCAUGUUCGCUGUCAACGUUCUCACCAUGUCGAUUGGCAACGUCAACGACGCGCCUGUACGGUACAAUUCUCUGAUGCUUGAGAAUGCGCGAAUCUCGACGACUGCAUUAAUCAACAAUAUCAAGAAUCACUACGUUCAAGAGUCGCUGCGACAAGUGCAUGUCAUUAUUGGAUCUGCCGACUUCCUGGGAAAUCCAGUGGGUCUCUUCAAUAACAUCAGUUCGGGUGUUGCCGACAUCUUCUACGAGCCAUACCAGGGUCUUGUCAAGUCUGACCGACCGGAAGACCUUGGUAUUGGUAUCGCCAAGGGUGCAUCCAGCUUCGUCAAGAAAUCGGUGUUUGGCUUCUCAGACAGUAUGGCGAAGUUUACUGGCAGUAUGUCCAAGGGCUUGUCUGCCGCAACUCUCGACAAAGAGUUCCAGGAUUCGCGCCGCAUGUCACGUUCGCGCAACAGGCCCAAGCAUGCCUUGUACGGCAUCACAUCAGGUGGUAACGCCUUCGCCAGCAGUCUUGCCAGCGGUCUCGGCGGCCUAGCCCGUCAUCCUAUCCAAGGUGCGGAGAAGGAAGGCGCUCUCGGAUUUGUCAAAGGAGUCGGCAAAGGUCUGCUUGGUGUACCUACUAAGGCUGCAAUUGGUGCCUUUGAUCUCGCCUCCAAUAUGGCAGAAGGCGUCCGCAACACCACAACCGUCUUUGACCAAGAAGGUCUCGACCGUGUACGCCUAACGCGCUUCAUCGGCACAGACGGAAUCGUGCGACCAUACUCUCAACGCGAAGCGCUCGGUCAGUUCUGGUUGAAGACACUUGAUAACGGCAAGUACUUCAACGAAGACUACAUUGCGCAUCUGGAACUUCAGAACAAGGAGAUGCUCGUCAUGCUCACGUACAACGGCCUCAUGAUGGUGCGAACCAAAAAGCUACAGACGGAAUGGGACGUUCCACUCAAGGACGUACAGACUAUCAGCAAGGAAAGAACUGGACUGGGUAUCACGCUCAAGGGAGGUACAAAUGGGCCAUUCAUCCCCGUCAGCGACGAAGGCAGCAGGAAUUGGUUCUAUCGACAGGUGGCUGUGGGUGUUAAUGCGUAUAACGAUCGGUGGAAUGCCAAAGGUUGA